AUGAGUGUUGCCAUCGUACUUCUCCGGUAUCUCCGACUUGAAGGUGCGGGAGGUGAGCCACUUGACUCACCGGAGCUCGCGGGUAAAGGCCGGGCAGACCACCUCGUAAGAACUACUAAUGGCGCACGAGAGGAUUACUUAUGGCGCAUAUGUAGAAUGAAGUAUUACAAUGGGUGUCUGUUUCACAAGGUGGAGAAGGAUUUCCUGGAACAAUCUGGGGACCCUACUGGAACUGGCAGUGGUGGUGAUUCCGUGUACAAGUUCCUUUAUGGUGAUCAAGCUCGAUUUUUUAAUGAUGAAAUCCGUCCAGAAUUAAGGCAUUCAAAAACUGUUACUAUUGCUAUGGCAAGUGCUGGUGAGAAUUGCAAUGCCUCACAGUUCUACAUCACCUUGAGGGAUGAUGUCGACUACCUUGACGACAAGCACACGGUCUUUGGGACGGUUGCAGAAGGUCUUGACACACUGACAAAGAUAAAUGAAGCUUAUGCUGAUGAUAAAGGAAGACCGUUUAAGGACAUAAGGAUUAAACAUACAUAUAUCUUGGAUGAUCCUUUUGACGAUCCUCCUCAGCUUGCUGAACUUAUUCCUGAGAAUUCUCCAUUAGGAAAGCCACGUGAUGAGGUAAAAGAGCGCCUAGAGGAUAGUUGGGUCCCUCUAGAUGAAACAGUGGAUCCUGGUCAGCUUGAAGAGUUGAUCCGCUCUAAAGAAGCACAUGCUAAUGCGGUGAUCCUUGAGAGCGUUUGUAGCACGAUUCAUCUAGCGUCGUUGAUUGUCAAAGCAUUGCUAGAUUACACACAUAUCCCAUCACUGUUUGAUACUUUCUUCACAGAUGUAUCGCUUCAUGGUCUCAGUGCUGACAGGAAGAAAGUAGUCCAGACUAAAUGA